CCCGAGAGAGCGCAAAGUGUCCUCCUCCGAACCGCCAACAGUCUGUUGCUCCCCAUUGAAACAACGAAUCUAUCUUCGGAGAUUAGUUAACUUACCAUCUCCGCUAUCUACUUCCCUCCCUCCUACAGCGCCGUACACUCUUCCUGCUGUGCAUCACCACAAAACAACCUCAAGACAACCUCGAUUGAACCUCAGACCUUGAUAUCUACAAACCUCUCCCGCAAAGAAACACAGUCAUCGCAAUGAUCACCGACGACGAGCUCCACCGCCUGGCCGUCUUCCUCGGCAGCUGCGCCAUGAUGAUGAUUGUCCUCUACCACUUCCUCGAAGUCAACGCUAAGGACGACGGCACCGAACUCGACGCUCCCGCUGAUCAAAAGGUGCCCGGGAUCUCGCAGGAGACGGCGGCGGCGGCAGCGGCCGUGGGAUCGUCGUCGUAAGGUGUCACUGGGGGGAAAGGCAAGACUGGCUAGGGCGGAUGUAUACCCACAACCUGAACGUUCUGUUUACUUCUUUUGUUAUUCUUUUCUGUCGCGUUUACUCUUGUGUUCUGUGUCUUGAGUCUAGUUUAAGCGAAUGACUACGGGGUGGAAGAGACCAAAGGCGAUGGGCUUGUUUGUUUAAAAUACCCGGGCGGUGGUCUUUUGGGCUCCCAUCCAAUGCAUCGUUUAUUUUGUAUGAACCACUUCGGAUGUGUCUUCGUAUGUGUGUAUUGUAUGGACGUAUAUCACCUUUCAGAUGUUCCCAGC